AUGAAUUAUCCUGGCUAUCCCCCACCAGGUGGAUAUCCACCAGCAGCCCCAGGUAGCAGUCCUUGGGGUGGUGCUGUCUAUCCACCUUCAAAUCCACCUUCAAAUCCACCUCCAAUUGGUCUGGACAAUGUGGCUGGCUAUGCCAAUCAGUUCAAUCCUAGCCAGAUGGCUGGAAUGGCAUCCAACCUGGCAGGGACCUUUGGAGGGACAAAUGUACCACAAGGCAUGUAUCCAUCAAUGCCUGGGGGCUAUGCUCCAAUCCCUCCAGGUGGCUUUGGGCAACCUCCAUCAGGACAACAGCCCUCUUAUGGAGGUUAUCCUGCACCUGGAGGAAAUCCACACUUCAAGAAUAUGAAAAUGCCAGCUUACCCAGGAUACCCAGGCGGCCCUGUGCCAGGCCAGCCCACACCACUGCCUGGUCAGCAGCCUAUGGGCUUUGGAGGACAACCACCAGCAACUUUCCCAGGACAGCAGCCCAUGCCGAGUUUUCCACCAGGCCCAGCUGUGAAUCCAUCUGUGCCCUCUUGCCCAGGAGCAACAGGGCCUGCAGUCUCUCCCAUAACACAUGGAAACCGAGGCACAAUCACUGAUGCACCAGGAUUUGACCCCCUGAAGGAUGCAGAAGUCUUAAGGAAGGCCAUGAAGGGAUUUGGAACUGACGAGCAGGCGAUUAUCGAUUGUCUUGGAAGUCGUUCAAACAAGCAACGGCAGCAGAUCCUCCUGUCCUUCAAAACAGCUUAUGGAAAGGAUUUGAUCAAGGAUCUCAAGUCUGAGUUGUCGGGUAACUUUGAGAGGACAAUCUUAGCAAUGAUGAAGACACCUGUCAUGUUUGAUGCUUACGAAAUCAAGGAAGCUAUAAAGGGCAUUGGCACUGAUGAAAAUUGUCUCAUUGAAAUCCUAGCUUCUCGCAGUAAUGAGCAUAUUCGGGAACUCAGCAGGGUCUAUAAUGCAGAAUUUAAGAAAACUCUGGAGGAAGCAAUAAAAAGUGACACCUCUGGACACUUUCAGAGGCUUUUAAUUUCACUUUCUCAGGGAAACAGAGAUGAAAGUACAACUGUUGACAUGUCUCUUGUCCAAAAGGAUGUGCAGGAGCUCUAUGCAGCUGGAGAGAACCGUCUAGGAACUGAUGAAUCCAAAUUCAAUGCCAUUCUGUGUGCAAGAAGCAGGGCUCACCUCAGAGCAGUCUUCAGUGAGUACCAGAGGAUGUGUAACCGUGACAUUGAAAAAAGCAUAUGCCGUGAAAUGUCUGGAGACCUGGAGAAGGGCAUGCUGGCAGUAGUUAAGUGCCUCAAGAAUACACCGGCCUUUUUUGCAGAGAGACUGCAGAAAGCUAUGAAGGGAGCAGGAACAAAAGACAGAACUCUGAUUAGAAUCAUGGUAUCACGCAGUGAGGUGGACCUGCUGGACAUACGUGCAGAGUACAAGCGGAUGUAUGGCAGAUCCCUCUACUCAGAUAUCACGGGAGAUACUUCAGGAGAUUACCGGAAAAUCCUACUCAAGUUGUGUGGUGGAAAUGACUAAAUGAAGCAUUGAGCUCUUCUUUAA